AUGAGUAGUGUUAAACGAAAACAUCAAUCGUUAAAAGAAAAAUCAAAGAAAUUAAAAAAUACAUCUAAUCAAUCGAUAAGUGUUAUUGAAAAUUUAUCGAACGAACUUUUCUUUGAAAUAUUUGAUUAUCUUGAUGGUCGAACAAUAUAUAUGAUAUUCUCAAAUCUUAAUCAUCGUUUUCAACAACUUAUUAAUUGUUCAUCUUCUCUAUUUAAAUUAACACGUAGUUGUCUAGAAUUACCAGAAAAAUAUAUAAAUGAUUAUAAACAAAUGAUACUUAUCAAGAAAUCACAAAUAUUUUCAAUUGAUUUAUGGAUGUCAAAGCGUACCGAUGAAUUUUUUUCAUCAUUUACUUUCGAUUCAUUAUUUAUUAAUCUUAAAUCAAUUGUUUUUAUUGAACUUUCAUCAAACGUACUUAUAUCAGUUCUUUCGAAUUUAUCUUAUUUACCAUGUCUUUAUUCAUUAACUAUUCGUGCUGAUAAAUUACAAGAUUUAACUAAUAUCUAUCAACUAGUUCUUGCAUUACCAAAAUUAAAAUAUUAUAAAUGUUCUUCAGUUUCUACAGUUGGACCAAUAUCAAUUCCAAUGGCAAUUGAUGACCAAUUUAAUACAAUUGCAUAUUUAAAUCUUCUUCAUUGUUUUACUUUUGAUGAACUUUCUGCUAUAUUAUCAUAUACACCUUCUCUACGCCAUUUAAAGUUUUCAAGUGAAAUUAAUUUGACGCCAAAUUUUGCAAUUAUAUUACCAAAAACAUUAUUAAAUUUAUCAUAUGAGUCUAGUUUAAUUUCUCCAACAUUUGAUGAAAUUGAAACAUUUAUUAGUAAUAUCCAAUGUAAAUUAAAAGGUUUAACUUUAAUUAUUCGCAGUCGUGAUCUAAACUUUUUUAAUGCUAAUCGUUGGGAACAAAUACUUCAACAAUAUUUACCUGAAUUAGAAAUAUUCUCUUUUCAAAACUGUUCAUUUAUUAAUAGUUCUGAUCAUUAUGAACUUCCGAUAUAUUUUCAAGAAUCAAAUAAAUAUAACUCAUCAUUUUGGAUUGAACGACAAUGGAUAUUUGAAAUCAGAAUCGACGAAGCAGAUUUUUAUUAUUUAAUUUCUCCAUACAAAAAAAGAUGGUAUCAAAAUAAUUUACACCAACAAAUAAUUUAUUCUCCUGUUGAAUUUUGUAAAUCAAAUCAAUUAAUUAUUGAUAAUAUUGAUCGUGAUGGAUGUUAUAAAUUAGUUAACUUGGAUAUUAAACAUGCUUUAAGUGUAUCAUCAUUUUAUCAUUUAGAAAUAACAGAAGAAGAUAUUUUUAUUGGUAUAUUAAUUCAAAUAUUAGAUUUAUUACCUGAACUUAAAACAUUAAAAAUUAGUACAUUCUCAAUGAAUCCACCAAAAAAUUUAUCUAAUAUGGAACUUUCUGCACUUCUUUCAAUCAAAGUAAAAAGUCCAAUUUCAAAAGUUUAUCUUGAAGAAAUGAUUGAUAUUCAACAAAUUUAUUCUCUUAUGAACCUUUGUCCACAUAUGGAAUAUCUGAAAGUAGGAGACAUAGAUAAUAUAGAAAUUGAAUCUAUCCUACGAACUAUUUUCAAGAAAAUAAUGGAUGAUGGUAAUCAUUAUCUUCGUUUAUUAUGUUUCACAAUCCCAGCUGCAGAUGAUAAAUUAAUCAAAAAAUUAGAAAAUAUAAUCAAUACUGAACAAUUACUUAUUAAUUUUACAAUUCAACGUGCAUUCGAUGAUGUUUAUAUACAAUGGAAAUGGGAUACAUAA